UGUCUAAAGGUUCCUCCAGUUUAGAUGCAAAUGUUGCAGUAGAGCAAACAGAUGAUCCUCUGGUGCUUCAUACAUUAUCCAAAUUUGAUGUUUUGCCAGAGGAAAACACAACGGCUGAGAGAGCUGAAUUAGCAGGAUCACAAAUAAUGGCUUUUCAUAGUGGGAACCCCUUUCUGUCUGGAGAAAUGACUCUAACAGGCAAAAGUCAGAGAGAGACCAAAACAUCCACGUCUGAGGACAUACUAACGAGUCCUUCAGAUAUUAAACCAUUAUCAUCCUGCUGUACUCUGGACACAGAGUCUGGCAUGUCACUGUCAGGAAGCUCUUGUUUAUCUGUCAGCCAGAAUGACUCUGGACUUCAAGGAGAAAAAGCAUCACUAAUACUGGCAGAACAUAAGGAAGCAGAUGGCACAGCUGGACCCAAAAGCCAGUCUGUACCAAAUGAUGCAACAGAUUCAAAAUGUGAUUUAGUGCUUGAAGCAGAACAUACCGUCACAGUGUCUAAAGCAGGAUGUGAACCUGAACCAGAUUCAAAAUGUUCAGUGUUCACUAUGUCUUCUUUCUGGAGUGAGAUGGAGAAGCUGACAAUAAAUGAUAUUCUGGGUUUACGCAUGAUCAGCAGAGCUGCUCCACCCACCUCCCUCCCACCCUUACAAGAAAUCGAGGAGGCUGACGUGUUUACUAUGACGGAUUCAGGCUUUUUCACUCAGCUGGAUGAGUCCAAGCCUGAACAAACCAAUGAGGACACGUCCAGCGGUCCUAACUCUGUAGGAUCAAGCUCAUUCUCUUCAAGAGGUGUUAUGUGGGAGAGUGAACCUGUCCCGGUGAGUCCAGGUGCUGACAUCUACACUGAGAACAUGAUGUUGACGACUGUUAGUGACAUUUCUCAGCCGGUCCUCGCUGGAAGUUCUCAAACAUGCUUCAGAAAGAUUUGUAAAAACGUAAGCGUGCACAAUCUGCAUGCCCUGGAGUCAUUCAGCUACACAUGGAAAGGCCAAACUUUACAAACCUUAGACGACGGAGAAUUAGAAAAAGUAGAGUAUUACGCUGAUGGACACACGUCUAAGCAAGACAAAGACAUGGACUGUUUAGUUUCAUCUUCUGCAGACAGCUACAGAAUCUCUCUCACAGAUAUAUUUCAGUACCUCUUCGGAGGGAAGCAGUCAAAUCCCAGCCAACCGGCCGCAGAUAACAUAACCACCUGCUACGCUGAUGGAAAUUCUGUCCCCGAAACUUACGAUCAUUUCUUCUCCGAGUUCGACACCGAAAGCUUCUUCUACCCUCUCAUCACAGCAGAAGAUCGGCCCAAAGACGAGCUGGUUCCCGUCUUUUCCUAUUCCCGCUCAGCUAAUAGAAAUCUACAGUUCCCCGAGGCUUAUGAAUACUUCUUUGCAUCCUCGUCUUCUGACGAUUCCUCUGUGGAAUCUGAUGAAGACGAUGACUGCGGUCCUGUGAGGGUGGUGAACAGGUUCAGCCGCACGUCAAGUGCAUCUAAGAUUUCCACAGACAUCUAUGAGAAUUUCUUCACAGAUAGUGACCUCAGAGAGAAUUUAUUUUGGAGGAACACACUCUCCUUUAGGAAUAUGAGUUUCACUCAAUCCCCUGUCCAGAAGAAGGCUCUCUCAAACCCUCUUGUGCCUGUGAGUCAAAGUGGCCGAUCCCUUCGAAGGACAGUUCACCCUUUAAAUGCUCUGGGAAAUCAAGAUGUGAUGUUUUCUGAUCCACUUCUCCACCACCUGGAGGACAGGAUCUCCAGACAACUAGUGCAGCAGCCUUACAGAUGUGAGGAUUUACAGACAGCUGUUUCAAAUCCAAGGUUGGAUGCCUCCCUCCUGCCUCUCAGACAGUCAGACAUGUGUCUGGUCUGUAUUGCAUUUGCUUCGUGGGUGCUGAAGACUGCAAACCCACAAGCUGGGGAUGCCUGGAAGGCUGUCCUGCUGGCGAAUGUGAGUGCUCUGUCAGCCAUUCGAUAUCUACGUAAAUACGUCAAGAUGGAGGCGGCAUCCAGUGAGAGGAAACUGCGUCUCGCUGCCCUGUCUGAUUCUUGACCUGUGUGUCUCUAAAUACAUCAUGCUUAACUUGAAACAUAUUUCCAUGAACACCUGAUAAGAGCCAGUGCAGGACCUCAGUCCUUCGAGGAAUUUGCCUGAUGUGCUGUUACAUGUUUGCAUUAUGUUUUUGCACUGUAAUUGAAGGUUUCAUUUGUUAGCAGUUGUCUUUUGCUCCUUGCUCAAUCACAGUGGCUGUCAUUUCAACCCUUUAAUGUCUGAAUUGGCAUUCAGGAGAACUAUGAAACCACCAAAGGGAAGAUGAGACAUGAAUGUAUAUUCAACAGAAAGACGGCUUUAGGCCUUUGUAAAUAAGGUUUCAGCAUGUAGUGAAAGAAGAUUAGACUCUGGUUUACUCAGAGCUGUACAGAGUUGAGAUGAUAGAUGUGAACAUGUGAUAAAUGGAUUAAACUGAGGCACUUGAAGAGUUUGAGUCUGUUCGUUUCCAUUACAUUACAUCCUGUUAGCAGAUGGUUUUAUCCAAGCCACUGUUAAAUAUUUCCAAUGGCAAUAAUUGAACAUAUUUUACAAAAUAAGAAGAUAUGAAGUCUAUUGUAAUGUUUUCCAAAAUGCCGCUGACACACUACAAAAGUAUAAUUCAUCUGUUUUCUGUGACAGUAUCAGUUUUAUAUGUAUG